AUGGAUUACGGUAAGGCGGAUUAUUCGAGUCCGCCACAACCGAUAACAGCUGAAAAUGUGGUGGCGCCAAGUUUCGAGAACUCAAUGGCAAGUGAAGAAUAUGAGAAUUCGAAGAUCAAGAAUCCGCAACCAAAACAAGGAAUCUCGUUUACCCAAGCAUUACUGGCAUCUGGUGUUGAAAAAUCAGAUGGAAAAAUCAAAUUAACAGCAAGUUCUUUUAUGGAAGUUGGAUCGUAUGCUGUUUUCUUAAUUGUUUUGGUAUAUGGUUAGUUUAUUCUAAAACUGUUGAGUUGGUGGCCAAUAUUUAGAAUGACUGAAACUACGAAAAAACUUGAAAAUUAUCAUUUUCUUUAUAUAUCUAAUCGGUAUUUUCGGAAAUUAGUUAUAAAUCUAAAUUCAAUACCUUCCAAAAAGGUGCCAUUCCAAUAGAAAUCCGGUCCGAUCCUAUUUUAUUGUUUCAUAUUCCAGUCGCAUUUGCUCAAAACAACAUCCAAGCUUACUACUACACCCAAGUUAUGAGUGAUCUUUUUGUAUCAUCGCAAACUUCGUCAAGUCUAACUUUUGGAACUGUUGCAUCAAUGGAUGAUAUUUGGGAUGUAAGUUGAACUAAAUCAAUCUUCUAAAAAUAUUAACAAUUUUCAGUGGAUUGAGCAAAUUCUGAUUCCUGGCAUUUAUUGGAAUGAAAAUAACAACAUAACAGAUUCGGAAAACAUGAUCUAUUAUGAGAAUCGGAUUUUGGGUCAACCUAGAAUUCGAAUGUUGAAAGUUGUGAAUGAUUCUUGCACAGUUAUGACAAGUUUCCAAAGAGAAAUCAAAGAGUGUUAUGCGAAUUAUCAGGAAAAAUAUGAGGAUCAAGAAGCUAUUACGUCUGGCGAUGGAGACGCGUAAGUUUUAUAUCCACGUGUAGAGUUCUAGGAGCCAGGCAUAACAUUUCUAGAUUCGUUUACGCAACUGCGUCUGAACUUGAAACAUUGACAACAAGCGGAACUAUUGGAAGUUAUGGAGGCGGUGGAUUUGUUCAAAGACUUCCAAUUACUGGCUCAACUGAAGCACAAUCACUUAUUGAAACAUUAAAAGAAGCAAGAUGGAUUGACAGAGGAAGUCGGGCAAUUAUUAUUGAUAUUUCACUUUAUAAUGCAAAUAUCAAUUUGUUUUGUAUCAUCAAGUGAGUCUUUAUUCAUAGGAAAAACAUAGUUAUUCCAACUUUCAGACUUCUAUUCGAACUUCCUGCUUCUGGUGGUGUGUUAACCUCUCCCAAACUUAUGACUUACAAUCUUAUUCGUUAUUCUGAUUCCGAUGGAACAAAAAUGAUCGUCUUCGAAGGAAUUCUAUGUGGUUUUGUAUUGUUUUUCAUUUUCGAAGAGAUGUUUGCAGUCGCGAAACAACGAUUACUCUAUUUUACACAAUUUUGGAAUUUGAUUGAUGUCAUGUUGCUAGGAGUGAGUUUAAUAUUUUCCAAGCUCCUGAUUUUUCAAAUCAAAUCAAAUUUCAGUUCGCUGUCGCCGCGAUUUUUCUCUCAAUCAAACGUACCAAUACUGCAACAAAUCGAAUAAACACAAUAAUCGAUAAUGGUCUGGAAACUGCUUCUUUCGAUGAUGUCACUGCAGCCGAAAACAUUUUCCUGAACAUCAAAGCACUUGUUGUUUUCAUCGCUUGGGUCAAAGUUUUCAAAUUCAUUUCGGUUAACAAAACAAUGUCUCAACUUUCAUAUACUCUCACAAGAUCAGCAAAAGAUCUUGGUGGAUUUGCUGUCAUGUUUGCUGUCUUUUUCUUCGCUUUUGCACAAUUCGGAUAUCUUGUUUUCGGUACUCAAAUCUCUGAUUAUUCCAACUUAUACAAUGCUGUUUUUGCAUUGCUUCGUUUGAUUUUGGGAGAUUUCGAUUUCAGCGCUCUUGAAAAUUGUAACCGAUUUUUCGGACCAGCUUUUUUCAUUGCCUAUGUCUUCUUCGUUUUCUUCAUUUUGCUUAACAUGUUCUUGGCUAUCAUCAAUGAUUCUUACGUUGAAGUGAAAGCAGAAUUAGCGAGAAAGAAAGAAGGAGAAGGUAUUUUGGAUUGGUUUAUGAAUGUGAGUUAAAAAAUCUCCAUGGAAAAACAUCAAGCCAGCAAUUUUUAGAAAAUCUACCGUCUCACAAAAUCGAACAAAAAACCAGAAGCUCCAGAAUCUCACGAUAUAACUUAUGAGGAAUUCCGCAAAAUUUUAUAUCGAUCCGGAUAUGCUGAAGAGGAUAUCAAUGACGCGUUCACUAGAUUCAAUGUAACAUCAAUGGAUGAUCAAAUCACACCAAAGGUUGUUGAAGAUAUUGCGGAUAAAGUUGCACAAUCAACAGAACAUCGGAAACAUUAUUUGGAAAAUCAUAGAGACUAUGCAAAGUUAGUUUUUCUUGGUGGGAAGAAUCGAAUUGCAACUUUUAUCAAAAAUCAUUCAAAUUUCCACGUCAUGCAUGAUUUCUGAUCCCUAAUUUUCAGCCUGAACCGUCGUGUAGAUCAAAUGCAAGAAUCAGUGUUCAACAUUGUCGAUCGAAUCGAUCAAGUAAAUUCAUCACUUAUGAAAAUUGAACAACAACGUGUUGCCAGAUCAGAUGAAGUUAACAAAGCUGAGAUAAAAGUGAGUUCCUCUUGAAUUCCCAUGUAAAAUCUUAAUUCCUUCAGAACAUGUUUCUGGAUGAGUUGAGAAAUCGUAACACUCGACGUCAAUCAAAAAUGGAUUAG